AUGGCCUAUGACCGCUUUGUUGCUGUCUGCAGACCCCUGCACUACUGGACCAUCAUGGACAGCAGAGCUUGUGUCAGAAUGGCAGCAGCUGCCUGGGCCAGUGGAUUUAUCAAUGCUCUCCUGCACACUAGAAAUGUUUUUUCAAUACCUCUCUGCAAAGGCAACACAGUGGACCAGUUCUUCUGUGAAAUCCCCCAGAUCCUCAAGCUUUCCUGCUCAGAAUCAUACCUCAGGGAAGUUGGGCUUAUUGUGGUUACUGCCAGCUUAAUCUUUGGAUGUUUCAUUUUCAUUGUGCUGUCCUACGUGCAGAUCUUCACUGCUGUGCUGAGGAUCCCCUCUGAGCAGGGUCGACACAAAGCCCUUUCCAUGUGCCUCCCACACCUGGCUGUGGUCUCCCUGUACAUCAGCACUGGCAUAUUUGCCUAUCUGAAGCCCUCCUCUGUCUUCUCUCCAUCUCUGGAUCUAGUGCUGGCUGUUCUGUACUCAGUGGUGCCUCCAAUGCUCAACCCAGUCAUCUACAGCAUGAGGAACAAGGAGCUCAGAGAUGCACUGAACAAACUGAUUCAGCUGGUCCUAGUUCAGAAGAAGUAA